AUGGGAUACGUUGUGUACGGACAUGUUGGGGAGAACAGCUUGGGAAGGCCCUCAGUCAAGAACGCAGCUGAGAUUCUGGUGUUUUGGACGAUUUACAAGCUCUGCUGUCGGUGCUGCGGAAAAGGGGAAAGUCUUAACCCUGCGGAUCGUUGUAAAGAAGUACAGCAGAUCCGAGAGCAGCAUCCGAACAAAAUCCCGGUCAUCAUCGAACGCUAUAAAGGGGAGAAACAGCUGCCGGUGCUGGACAAGACCAAGUUCCUUGUCCCAGACCAUGUCAACAUGAGUGAAUUGGUCAAAAUAAUCCGGCGUCGCUUGCAGCUGAAUCCCACCCAGGCUUUCUUCCUGCUGGUGAACCAGCACAGCAUGGUGAGCGUGUCCACCCCCAUCUCGGAGAUCUACGAGCAGGAGAAGGACGAGGAUGGCUUCCUCUACAUGGUCUAUGCUUCCCAGGAGACCUUCGGCUUCUGAGGCCGGCGCAGAGGGGGCGUGUGGGGACAUUUGCCCCGGGCCCCCGGCCUGGGAAGACAACGCAAGCGGCGGCUCGCAAGAGGGGGACUGUGCCGAUUCCCUUCCUUCCCUCCCCAUCACCCCAUCACCAAAGAGCGUGCGGCGCGUUCGCACGACCCUUCUCCUCCGCGUAGCUUAGU